UGGGUAUAAGAGCUUUGCACCGAAACCAAGAAUAUGUCGAAUUUUCUCAUGUGAGUAACGAGGUGGAUUGCGAGGAAUUUGUCACAAUCCUCGCAAUUCAUAUCGUGGGACUCGUACGAGUUCUAACGGAAAGCUUCCUACUCUCCUAGCUUUUGAGUUAGACUAGUUGUUGGUCUGCGCAUCUGCAGAAGCAAAUUUCAGACAAAAUGGAACAAAAAAUAGAGGAUUCACAGGAGGGCUCCACAUAUCUGUUGAGCGAGGGAUCGCAGCCUGAGCAACGAAGCUUGGGCAACGGUGACCUGUUUCUGGCGAUAAACGUUGAGACAGUCCGACAGCUUCCGAAUAGUGCAGGUGCGAAUGCGACCACCGUCGGAGGUUUCACUGAACUGCAUCACGCAGCAGCCCAGGGGAAGAAAGAUAAAGUAGAUGCAAUUCUCAUAGAAGGUAAUCUGAAGGUCGAAGUGGCCACAUCCGACGGCAUCACGGCCUUGCAUAUCGCCGCUUAUGGAGGCCAUGAAACCAUCGUCACAUCCUUGCUUCACUGGUAUGGAAAAAAUCCUGGUGCUGAUGUUAAUGCCCGAGAUAACGUGCUGGGCAGAACAGCUUUGCACUAUGCAGUAGGAGGAGGGCACCAGAGGGUCGUCGAGGAACUGAUUAAAUUUCCCGGUAUCGACAUUUGCCCGGAAGACUCUGUUCAGAACCUCACUCCUUUGCUCAUGGAGGUAAUGAAGCCCAGGGGAAUUUGCAGUUUGGUCAUAGUCAGUACAUUGAUUGAUGCGCGGACUGAUCAAAUCAACCGCGCAGUUUGUACUGAAGCAAGGCUCAUUGACGAUCUGCCCUGGCUGCUAUCGUGCCCUAUUAAAUUGUUUCCGAGCGACGAUGUUUUACAAAAAUUUUCCAGCGUUCGUCCGAAAGAAGACUUUGGGACUUCCAACCAGAAGAAUCGGAAUAAGUACCGGGAGAUAGAGGAAAACAGAAGAAGAACUGACGGAAGUCUACUUGAGAGUAAGUGGAAAAAAAUGGGCACCGUGGACAGGCAGAGGUUGGAUGCAGAGUUAAUGAUACCAGAGGACAUGGACCGCUACCUGAAGUACGAAUGCUCGAUGGCAGGGCACACGAUUUUUCACCUGGCUGCCACACAAGACAACGCAGAGGUCCUCUCGCACCUCCUCUCCAACUGCACGAGCGCAAAUGUGAAUAUCCUCACAGCCGAUGGCAACGGAAUGACUCCUCUGCACUGCGCCAUCAGAGCUGAAUCUACGGAGACAUUCCACGUCCUGAUGUCCCACCGAGAAGUGGACGUGAACGCCGUCCUGAAAUCAACAGUCAACCUCGCGCGGCCGCCAUGGACGGAAUUGAGAUUGCACUCCUGGUGGACCCGGAAGGAAUCCGAACGGUUCCGAUUCUACGAGGCGACCUGCGUGUCCGACACCCCUCUCCACCUCGCAAUUCGCUGCUGCCGCUCCUUCAUUUUACGAAGAAUGGUCAUGAAGUUCUGCAACCAUCCCCGGUUCCAGCCCAGUAUCUACAACGAGUCCGGCGUCCUCCCGCUGGAUCUGGCCUGGCUACGAUCCUCGUGCAGCUUGCAAUUCGGGAACAGCUGGGCCCACCUGGAAUCGGUACUCGACAUGCUCGAGCGCCAGCGGGGGAACCAGCCGCUCAUGAACGAGGUCAACAGCAUGAAGACGGGUGCCCUGAACUCCGUCAACGCCGUGCUGGUUGCGGCCGCGCUGCUUGGAGGGGUAACAUUCAGUGCUAUGCUGCAACCGCCAACAGAUAAAAGAGUCAAGUUGUUUUUCUGGUUGACGGAUUGCAUGUGCUUCUACUUCUCCAUGUACACGAUCAUGUGCUGCCUGGGUACGUCCAAAACCAUGCAGCAGCACAGGCAUCUUCACAUCACGAGGGUCUUAACGGACACCACGUGCACAUCUGUUCGCGUCUUCUACGUCCGUAAGCAGGCCCAGCUGGUCUUCCCCCUCGUCGGUGGUGUCCACUUCGGAAUGAUGGCCUUCUUAGCGGCGGGCUGGGCCAACUUCGCGGCGGGUUUGGACUACCUCGUCCCGGAUACGAACGAUCGAUUCUCGGAGAUAACGAUCUCCGAGAAUCGUUUCUGGAUCCGUGCGAUUCUCUUGAACGGCUAUGUAGGAUUUUCCUUGUUCUUCGUGAUUUAUGCAACUUUAUCCUUUUCCUCAGUACUCAAGGCCAACUUCGCGGCGGGUUUGGCCAACAUCGACCCGGAUACGAACGAACGAUUCUCGCCGCUCCGUGGGAUUGUCUUGACCGUUUAUUUUACCCUCUAUGUAGGGUUUUCCCUUUUAUUCGUGAUUUUUGCAGUUUUGCAGUUAUAAUCCUUUUGGGGUAAAUGUAGAGUAUAUAGUCUGGGAAGCUCGAAUAACGUUCAAUUUCAAACUGAAACUUUUAACGUUGUUGUGAAAUCUCCAGAGUUUUAAAGUGA